AUGUCAGAGCACCAAGCUAUUGCCAUCGUUGGGUCUGGCUGCCGUUUCCCUGGCGGUGCAUCGUCUCCUGACCAGCUAUGGGACAUUCUACGCGCCCCUAAGCAACUGGCGAUACCAAUUCCGCAAGAUCGAUUUAAUGCGAAAGGCUUCUACCACGAUAAGAGUCAAUACCACGGUCAUCUUAAUGUCAAAGAGGCCUACUUCAUCGAAGGAGAACGUGAAUUUGACGCCCCAUUUUUCAACAUCAACCCAGCUGAGGCAAAAUGUCUAGACCCCCAGGUCCGUCUUCUCCUCGAGGUAAUCUACGAAGCUUUGGAAGCAGGAGGGCAGAAUGUGGAUGACCUUCGGGGAUCUCAAACGGCCAUGUAUACGGGCCAAAUGCUCGCAGAAUACGAACAGAUCACUUCACGAGAUACAGACGCCCCUGUUGGAACAUAUCUCGCUUCUGGCACCGCACGCGCUAUGCUUUCCAAUAGGAUCUCCUAUCUUUAUGAUUGGCAUGGGCCGUCAAUGACAAUUGACACGGCAUGUAGUUCGAGCUUGGUGGCCCUUCAUCAAGCCAUUCAGCAACUUCGGACGGGACAGUCGCGAAUGGCUGUUGCUGCAGGGGUGAAUCUUCUACUCGACCCAAAGGAUUUUCUCUCCCUGGGCAUGCUCAGCAUGCUAUCGCCAAGCGGACGGUGUCGGAUGUGGGAUGCUAGUGCCGACGGUUACGCCCGAGGUGAUGCUAUUGCUGCAGUUAUUGUCAAGACGCUGCAGUCGGCAAUAGAAGACGGCGACCAAAUUGAAUGCAUCAUUCGAGAGACUGGGCUGAACCAGGAUGGGAAGACCAAGGGCAUUACCGCGCCAAACCAUGAGGCCCAGACACAGCUCAUCCGAGACUGCUAUUCUAGAGCUGGCCUAGACUUGAAUCAUCCGGCGGAUCGGCCUCAAUUCUUUGAGUGCCAUGGAACGGGCACGCUUGCCGGGGAUGCGGCGGAAGCUGAGGCUAUUAGCAAUGCCUUCUUUUCGUCAGACCUGCGGCCGAAUGGAACACCUAUUGAGAAUUUCCAGAAACUGGUUGUCGGCAGCAUCAAAACAGUUGUUGGUCACACAGAAGGAACAGCAGGUCUUGCCGGUAUUCUCAAAGCAUCCUUGGCUCUGCAGAACGCCAUGAUCCCCCCAAAUUUGUUAUUUGAAAAGCUGAACCCGCGCAUCGAGCCGUUCUACGACAACUUGAAGCUGUCCACUGCGCAGACGCCUUGGCCGUUGUUACCCGACAACGUCCCAAGACGUUCCCCAAUCAGAUUUCCAUCCCCGACGACCAGGGAAAAUUACCGCUUGCUAACACAUGAGCCCAGCUUCGGAUUUGGAGGAGCCAAUGCCCAUGCCAUCUUAGAAAGCUACAACCCAGAGCAAAAUCCGGAGACAAGCAGUCCAGAUGUGGUUUAUACACCGUUUGUCUUUUCUGCAUCCUCUGCAUCGUCCCUUGUUGCUUAUUUGAAGCGGUUCUGCGCCUACUUGGAAGCAAACUCUCACAAAUUCCGGCUGCGUGAUCUGGCCUACACGUUGCACAGUCGCCGUACACGCUUACCAUACGCGGCGACGUUUUCAGCGAGCACGGUGGAAACUCUCCUUGCGGGGGUCAAGGAGAAACUCAAGGGCGUACGAGAGGAUGGCAAAACCUCCGCCGUGGUACAAUUGAAGCGCAAGGAGAACCAGGUGUUACACAAGCCACGUCUCCUCGGCAUCUUUACUGGACAGGGCGCACAAUGGGCCGGAAUGGGGUCUGAAUUGAUUCACGGUUCGGAAAGAGCAGCUGGAAUCAUCUCAAAACUUGAGAAGCGGCUAGCUUGCCUUCCAGAAUCAGACCGUCCGGAAUGGUCGCUCAUGGAAGAACUGCUCAAAACACCAGAGACUUCCCGAAUUGGGGAGGCAAGUUUAUCACAGCCGCUCUGUACAGCCAUUCAGAUUCUUCAAGUCGAUCUACUGCGAGCCUCUGGGGUUACAUUUCAUUCAGUCGUCGGACACUCAUCUGGUGAGAUUGCCGCUGCACACGCUGCUGGUUUCCUCUCGUCCGACGAGGCUAUCUGCAUAGCGUACUAUAGGGGUCUUCAUGCCAGGCUGGCUUCGGGCAAGAGCCCUGGUGCGAUGAUGGCAGUAGGAUCUUCAGAGGAGGAUAUCCAAGAGCUAUGCGAUGAUCCAGCUUUGCGUGGGCGUCUGUCUAUUGCCGCUGUCAACUCUCCUGCGAGCGUCACUGUAUCUGGUGAUAGGGAUGCUAUUGAAGAGAUGCAGGUGAUUCUUGGCGACGAGAAGAAGUUUGCCCGUCUUUUGAAGGUCGAUACAGCCUAUCAUUCGUACCAUAUGAACGCUUGUGCUUCUGCUUAUCUCGAUUCACUUUCCACUCUUGGCAUCAGACCCAAGGAUGGAAAUCAGACAACCUGGUUCUCCUCCGUGUUGGAUGGCAAGUGCAUGACUGGCCAACACGGUGCUUUGAAGGGCGAGUACUGGAACACUAAUAUGACCCAACCGGUGCUUUUCAGCCGGGCAAUUUCAGAGGCUUGGAAGAUGGCCGAAGAAUUUGACCUGGUAAUCGAAGUCGGACCUCACCCUGCCCUCAAAGGACCGGCCCUUCAAUCUAUCCAAGAAUUGUCAACGUCGGUGGUGCCAUACACGGGUAUUUUCCGUCGGGGUUCCUCAGCCAUAGAGUCCGUGGCUGACGGUUUGGGCUGUAUUUGGGCGCAUCUUGGACGAGAUGCUGUCAACUUACAGGCAUACGAUAAUUUUGUUGCUGGCGAAUCUUCCCCUUGCAAACUACUCAAAGGACUUCCGACAUACAACUGGGACCAACAGGAGUACUGGACGGAGUCCAGGCAGGCCAGGGCGUAUCGCCUCCGUCCAGACCGCGUCCACGAACUUCUUGGCCACAUGGGACCCGAUUCUAACAAGCAGGCUAUGCACUGGCGGCACAUUCUACGCCCGUUUGAAUUUCCUUGGAUCCGUGGCCACAAACUACAGGGGCAGAUGGUCUUCCCUGGAGCUGCAUACGCUGUGACCGCCUUGGAGGCAGCUGUGGCCAUGUGUAAGAAAUUGGCAGUAUCUGCUCGUCUUGUUGAGAUUAUUGAUCUGGACAUUGAAAAGGCCCUUGUAUUUGAUCUAGAGGAUUCCUCCUUUGAAGUCAUCAUUUCCAUGGUAGACAUUAGGUGCUCUACUCCAGGCUCGGUUACUGCGAACUUUACAUAUCAUAGUGGUGAAGUCAAAGGGGAUAGCGGAUUAAGCUUGAUGGUGAAGGCCAGUGUUCACGUUGCUAUAGGAGAGCCCUCCAUAAAUGCCCUGCCAACACAUCCAAUGCAGCCACCGAACAUGCUCCCAGUUGACGUGGACAAGUUCUACUCUGCCUCGAGAGGUGUGGGCUAUGAGUGGGAAGGUGCUUUCCGCGGUAUGUCGAGCGCCCAAAGGAAGCUUGGCUGGGCAGCGGGAACUGUUGAGAGCAUAGAGGAGUCAGAGUUGAUAUGCCACCCCGCACUCUUGGACAGUGCAUUCCAAGCCAUCAAUCUCGCUCGUUCUUAUCCCGAAGACGGCCAGUUAAAACGCAUCGAAGUCCCCAAGAUGAUCCGGCGGAUUAGUUUUAAUCCCUACCUAUGUGCAAAUAAGGCUAAAAAGGGAAGCCUUUUGCGAUUCCUCGCCUCUAAUCACCCGGAUGCCCUCACGACAGAUGGCACCAUCGCCGUUUAUCCCGGCGACUGUUCUUCCAACAGCGCUUUGCUCCAAGUCUGCGGUUUUCAAUGCGUCCCUCUCGCCCCGGUAACCGCCCAAGAUGACAAGGAAGCUUUUGCCAAGAUGAUUUGGGAUGUGGCCGAACCGGAUGCUGAAAGCAUGGACCUUGUCGAGUCUUUGACCCUUCCACGACAUUUGGAAAUCGCUGGUGCCCUUGAAAAGCUAUCCCUUUCUUUCCUCCAACAACUUGAACAAAAGAUGCAAACGAAUCUCCCAGCGCGUUCCCAAACAUUGCAUUCUCAAAUUCUUACUUUCGCAAAUGAAGCUAGGGCGCUUGUCCAGGCUCGUAAUCCUGAAUGGAAGUGCGACACAUACGAGGAUCUGGUCCUCUCGCUGGGCCACUUAAACGAGGUUGCCGAUAUUAAAAUACUUCGGGAGGCUUGUGAAAUAUUAUCAUUCAGAAUCAUCGACGACAAGCCUCAUUUAGAGGGGGACGCGCAGCUCCAGCGCCGCUUUUGCGCAGAGACGAUCGGUCCGAGCAUUUACUACGAUCUUCUUGCAGAGGUAGUGAGGCAGCUCACCCACCGUAACCCGCAUAUGAGCAUGCUCCAGAUUGGAGUGGGAGAAGGUCUCGCGAUUGAGGUUAUCCUCGGCCAGAUUGGUGAAGCUUUUUCAUCAUACACUUGUACUGACUCAUCCGCAGACUGCGUUGAUGCCGUUAAAACUAGGAUGUCGCAUCACGAAAAACUCUCUUUCAAAAAAUUAAUCCUUGCCGAGGAUGCUUCAAAGCAAGGCUUUGCAAAAGAAUCGUAUGAUGUAAUCAUCGUCGCGCUCACUCUUCACACCAUGCCCAAUGUCAAAUAUGCUCUCCGAAGUGCCCGAACUCUGCUACGACCCGGGGGACAAUUGGUGGUGCUUGAGGCUCUCCCUUCUCACUCUUACGUAUACCGUCUUAUCCUGGAGGCGUCUCAGUCAUGGGAUCAAGAGGAAGGAGAUGAGAAGAGGGCAUCUCCGGCGCUAUUAGACCCGGUACAGUGGAAUGAGUUACUACUUGAGACGGGAUUCUCUGGCUGCGAUACAGUAUCUCAGCAAGCUACAGAGGGAAACUGUCUCUCCCAUUUUACUGUUUUCACGUCUCAGGCCGUGGACGAGAAGCUGACCUUUAUGCGGGAUCCGUUAUCCACGUCCUCAGAUGGGCUGUUCGCUGAAACGAAGCUUCUUGAGGACCUGCUGAUCCUGGGAGGGGCCCAGCUUCGGACAGCGAGGCUAAUCCAACGUAUUGCAGGCCUUUUGAAGCCGUAUUCGGGGAGGGUAAGGGUGGCUCCUACACUGGCACACGUAUCAACUGAGACCGUAUCACCUCAGACGACUCUCCUGGGUCUUGCGCAGCUCGAUGGUCCCAUGCUUGAGAAUAUCUCCAGCCACGACUGGGAUACAUUGCGAAGUCUAUUAAUGAAUGCCGGAUCCUUGUUCUGGGUGACAGCCGGAAGACGCGCGGAAUCACCCUUUGGAACAAUGAUGGCCGGACUGAUCCGUUCCGUCGUUCGUGAGGCACUCACUCUCGACUGGCAGAUGCUUGACUUUGAAGGAACCAAGAUUGUUGACCCCUAUAUGCUUGUGGAGGGUCUUUUACGGUUCCAAGCUCAGGUGUUUUGGCGCAAACAAGGUGCAAGCAUUGCUCCUGCUGAAGCAGAAUUGGUGAUUGACCAACGGGGCCGUUUCCUUGUUCCUCGGCUCAUUACUUGUCGAUAUAUGAAUGACCGAUACAACUCUCAAGGCCGGCCCAUCACAAUCAAAUUGGAUCAUCGGGUCAAAGACGUAUAUAUAAAAUCAUCUAAUGGCGCUUUAGGCUACUAUAACCUGGGUCAUGAUGCACUUCCGGCUCCCGAUGGCCUCGAAUCAACCGUCCAGAUAGAGACCAGCCAUUCUCUUCUUUCAGCUGUUCGUGUCACUGAGUUUGACUGCCUGUUUGUUAUGGUUGGGAAACGAGAGAACUCUGGACAGAGACUAAUCGCAUUGUCAACCGAGUGCUCUUCUCGUGCGCUCCCCCUUGAGACUCUUUCUAUUCAGGCUACAGUGCAAGAAGGCGAUGAAUGCAAAUAUUUAUCGCUGGUUGCCAACUAUCUGUUGACUGUAUUUGUUACCCGGGGGUUGCACUCCUCUGAUGUGGUCGUGGUGUUUGAACCGAGUGCAGUAUUCGCUUCCACAUUAGCGAAUCAGUCCAAAGAGCUCGGGUUGCAUUUGAGGUUUCUCACAAUGAGCGCCGAAAAAGCUGUAGAGAGUAAGGAUGAGAACUGGAUUCUUAUUCACCAGUCCGCUUCGGAACACGAACUUUCAAGCGUCAUACCUCCCAACACGUCCGUUUUCAUCAACUACCUGGGUUUGCCGGAUAAUGAGUUCAUCCUCAAUCGUCUGGACAAGUUCCUCCCUCGCCUGUGCAGGCGAGAAAGUCUAAAUACCUUAUUUAUGAACACCGGGAAGAAUCCAUCCGAUGACUUGAUGAGAGAAGUAUCCAAACGACUCAAAGAAGCCGUGGCCUACGCAGCGGUACAUAUAGCGGAAGUCGGCGCAAGGGCACACGACGAAGUGCCCGUGCUCUCUAUUGACGCGGUACCAGACGCCAGUGCUGCUAACACCGUUCCCUAUUCGUGCGUUUGUUGGACUGUGGCAUCUAAACUCGGCGUUCAGGUUCGGCCAAUGGAUACGCAAAUCAAGUUUUCAGCCCGCAAGUCGUACUGGUUCGCUGGCCUUAGCAAAGGCCUUGGUCUUGCGCUCUGUGAAUGGAUGGCGCGACGGGGGGCAAGGUAUUUCGUUGUUUCGAGCCGGACUCCCAAGAUUGAUCCAUCGUGGAUUCAAAGCAUGCAUCGCAAAGGUGUCCUGAUCAAAAUUUCCCCGUGCAGCGAUAUCACGAACAAGGACCGAGUGGUCGCCGUAUACCAAGAGAUUUGCGAAACACUUCCUCCUAUCGGAGGUGUCCUUCAAGGUUCAAGUCUCCUCACCGCAGUGGUAAUCGAAAACGUGGCAAUUCGGGACAUGACACUCGAGAAAUUCCUCACUGGUACAAGAUCCAAAGUCGAGGGCAGCGUACAUCUAAACAAUCUAUUCCAACAAAACAAUAUAGACUUCUUCGUGUUCUUUUCUUCUGUUGUUGCCGUCAUAGGGCGACCUGGACAAGCCAACUACAGCGCCCCCAACAUGUUCAUGGCAGCUCUUGCAGAGCAACGUCGGCGAAAGGGCUUAGCAGGGUCCAUCAUACAUCUAGGUGCCGUAUUUGGCAUCGGUUAUGCAACGAUGCAGCAAGAUGACAUCUACACGCCAACCAGACUCAAAGCAUCGGGUUUGAUCCCCACGGCCGAGCGAGACUUUUAUCAACUCUUUGCCGAAGCAGUGGUUGCAGGCCGCCCAGGUUCCGGGGCCGACUCGAUCGAACUCGUGAGCGGUCUAGGAAGAAUUGCGUAUGAUGAACCGGAGCCUCCGGCCUGGGGAACUGAGCCAAUGAUGCGUCACUUUGUCAGAAGCCCGGAUCAGAGUUCAAAUAAAGGAGCCGGCAAUCACGUCAGUCUUCCAUUCAAGGUACAGCUGGCGCAGGCAAAGACGCGAGCGCAGGUCUCUGGCAUGAUCACUGAAGCUUUUACCCAAAAGCUGUAUAGCGUAUUCCAGAUGGAUGAAAAUAUGAUGAACCUGGCAGAGUUAAUCCAGAAGAGGAUUGAUGAGAUGGGGAUAGACUCAUUGAUGGCAGUCGAGAUUCGUAGUUGGUUCAUGACGAAUCUCGAAGUGAACAUUCCUAUUCUGAAAAUACUGGGUGGGAUUACGGUCGCAGAAUUAAUCAAAACUGCAGCCGAUACUAUCCCGGAUAGACUUGUUCCUGGAUUGGUUUCAGAGGAAGGGGCAGACCGAGCCGUCGUUGAGAAGACGUCGGUAGAGGAGCCGAAUUCUGCAGGCCAUGACUCUGGGAUCGAAGUCAAUGAGUCUCUGGAUGAUACCAAUGAUUCCAACAGCAGCAUCCAGGAUCAAACAACUCAACCUGAUGAUACACCUGCCGUUCCGUCACAGUCAGUUGUCACUUCGCAGCCUAAAUUUGUAAAGACCUCAAAAUUAUCUUACAGUCAAGACAUGUUCUGGUUUGUUUGGUCAUUCCUCGAAGACAAGAGCAGUUUGAAUCAUACUGCCUGGGGUCGAGUUACGGGACAAGUCCAAGUUGGCGAUUUUGAGUCCGCUUGGGUAACCAUGAUCUCAAGGCAUGAGAUUCUACGGACAUGUAUUAUUCAACAAGACGGCAAGCCUGUUCAGGCUGUAAUGGCCGAAUCUCAUCUUCCAUUCGAAGUAAGGAAAGUGAGCCGGGAAGAAGAGGUCUAUCAACUUGUUCAAAAUCUUCAAGACAGAUGGGUCUAUGACAUUGCCAUAGGGCAGACUAUUCGGUCGUACUUGCUAUCCUUGUCGCCCACGGAGCACUUCUUCGUCAUUGGCUUUCAUCCGCUGGUCGCAGAUGGGAUGACGGCCAUCAUCAUGAUCAAAGAGAUCCAGGAAUUAUAUGCUGCCAGUUCACACAAACUGACCCUCAAUAUGCACCUACCUCGGCAAUACUCGAACUAUUCCAACCAGCAGCAUGCGGACUAUGCUCAGGGCCGCUUUGAAAAAGACUUGCAAUUCUGGAAACAGCAAUUUAAUCCGAUGCCACCCCCGCUUCCGAUUCUUACUCUUUCAACAUCGUCUUCACGACCAGAUCUGGCCAAGUAUGCAAACAAACAGGCCGUUCUGAGAAUCGGCACGCAACUGAAAAAGCAGGUUCAAGAUACUUGCAGGAAACACAGGAUCACACCUUUCCAUUUUUACCUCUCUGUUUUCAGGGUCCUGCUUUUACGAUACUCCCCUGCCGGUGAUGGAGAAGACGUGUGCAUAGGUAUAGGAGAUGCCAAUCGCACCGAGGACGAGAUGCUCGACGUUUUGGGUCCAUUUGUCAACUUUCUCCCAGUCCGGCUUUGUACCCAAGGUUCUACCAAAUUCUCGGAUCUUCUACAGCAAGCACGAGAGAAGGCGUACGAGGCAAUUAGCCACUCCAAGGUGCCCUUCCAGGUGCUUCUUCAAGAGCUCAAUAUCACUCCAUCUCCGUCACAUCCGUCGUUGUAUCAGUGCUUCACCAAUUAUCGACAGGGCCUCCUGAACAGCACGAAUUUUGGAGAUGCCCAGGGAGAUUUGACCAUUCACUCCAUUGAUGUCAAUAUUUCAAAGCAACCUUACGACUUGACGUUUGAAAUGGUGGACUUCAUCGAAGGAGACUGCGUACAAACGCUUCUUGUACGCGAGGAUUUAUAUGGGCAGGAAGGGGCACAGAUGCUUCUGGAUAGUUACGAGCGAUUGGUGAAAGCUUUCGUUGGGGAUGCUACUUUGACGCUUGAACAACCUGGUCUUUUUGAUCAGCGCGAUAUAGCGAGCGCUUUGAGUAUUAGCAGAGGUCCAUUCUCACCUCGGCGGUGGCCCGAGUCGGUCAUUCAUAAGAUAGAGGAAGUAGCAGCAACGCGAAGAGACGAAAUAGCCGUCCGCCACUUGGGUAUAUCACGCACAUAUGGGGAGAUUCUAGCCAACGCGAAUACUAUUGCCGCCACACUGCAAGCCACAGGCGUCUCUGAAGGUUCAGUGGUUGGCGUAUUACUAGAGCCAAGCCCGUCUUGGAUUUCAUCAGUCCUGGGCGUCAUGCGUUUGGGUGCUAUCUACCUCCCACUCGAUUUAUCUCAUCCUCCCACGCGACUGUCGACCAUCAUCGACGACUGUCAGCCUUCUGCAGUUCUAGUCGACAAGUACGAUGCGGGCUUUUUCCAGGCCCUGGGCGCGCCACAGAUUCAUUUCUUGCAGGUCCCUCACCAUAACGAUCACUCCGCACCAGUGCCCAUCAAGGCGGUCGCAAAUGGCCCAGCGGUCAUGUUUUACACCAGCGGCUCUUCAGGGACCCCAAAGGGUGUACUAUUGAAGCAUGAGAGCCUGCGAAAUUGGGCUGAGGGAAGCAUUGCAAGUCUUUACGAUUUGGGACCAGAAAUCGUUCUCCAGCAAACUACGCCCGUGUUCGACAUUUCACUGGAGCAAGUAUUCAUAGCACUUUGCUAUGGCGGAACACUAUGCAUUGUUCCGCGAGAGCAUCGUGCCGACGCCGAGGCAGUCUGCAAAAUAAUCGAGGAAUAUGGAGUCACCUUUACCAUCGCUACACCGACAGAGAUGACAGGCUGGCUACAACACAGAAAGCGACAAAUGCCCAAGGCUAAUGACAAUUGGAAGAGGGCAUUCUGCGAAGGUGAAGACUUGACUGAAUAUCUUGUAAAGCUGGCAUCGCAGGAUCAUUCCAAUUUUGAGCUGUACAACAUCUACGGGCCGACCGAGGCUACCAAAACAGUGACGGGUAUGCGCAUCCCUCUGGAUUGCCAAAUCGCUGGCCCUGUCGCGGCUGGUUUCCCACACCCCAACUGCUCAGUAUAUGUGGUCGAUAGUCAACUUAGGCCAGUCCCGAAAGGCGUUCAGGGGGAGGUUUACUUGGGUGGCGCAGGUAUCGCUAUUAAAUAUCACAAUAGGGAGAAGCUUACCGCAGCAAAGUUUGUCUCUAACCCAUUCGCUACGGACGACGACAAACUCCACGGCUGGACUACUUUGCAUCGAACAGGCGACGUGGGUCGGUGGCGAAGAGAAGACGGCAUGCUCAUGAUAGAAGGCCGGAUUGACACUCAGGUCAAGCUUCGCGGCGCGCGAAUCGAUCUCGCAGAAAUCGAGCAAGCAAUUCUUGCCUCUGAUGAGGCAGUAGUGGAAGCGGUUGUUUCGGUCAGGAAACCUUCAUCCAGUAAAACAACUCUUCUUGUAUCCCACGUUGUCCUGGAUCCGUCUUGCCUUGAUCCAGGGGAGCGUAUCCGUGCCAUUCAGUCUCGUCUGGGCGAGAGAUUGCCCCUCUACAUGUGUCCUGCUGUCAUCCUUCAACUCGAUAGAGUGCCGUUGACCAGCGCCGGUAAACUGGACCGCAUUCUGAUUUCCAAGCUAACUCUACCAGAAUAUGACCACAAGUCAUUUAGGGACGAUCGUCGGCCGGAUGAGGUGCUUUCAAGUACCGAGAUCCGACUACGAGAUAUCUGGGCAGCAGUGGUUGGUUUGCGGUACAACAUUACUUCGGAGACGAGUUUCUUCCAUGCUGGUGGUUCAUCUUUGCUUCUCCUCGAUCUGAAAAACCGCAUCCAGGAGGCCUUUGGCAUUGAUAUGCCCCUCUUGCGUAUGUUUGAGUUUAGCACGUUGAAUCUCAUGGCACAUUGGAUUGAUCGUGGGACCCAAGAAGAGCCCUACCAGGCUGACAUCAUCGACUGGGCGGAGGAAACUGCUCUGCCAUCGUCGCUACUGGAUGCAUAUCGAGAUUAUGACUCUAAUAAGGGGCAAGCGUUGGACAAUUUGAAAAAUCCUCGCCGCGUAGUGGUGCUCACUGGCGCGACUGGGCAGCUUGGAAAGGCUUUACUUGAGCUUCUUGUUGCCUCAUCGUCUAUACAGCACGUGCACUGUGUUGGAGUCCGGACUCCCAGCAAACUAAAGCUUGAUGUAAACGAGAAUAAAAUAUCGGUAUACAAGGGCGAUAUGAAUCUACCUCGCCUCGGCUUAUCGAAAGACGAGGCAGCUACCAUUUUUUCCCAGACCGACCUCAUCAUCCACAACAGCGCCGAUAUGUCGUAUCUUAAGACGUAUGCUACUCUUCGGGCUACCAAUCUGCAGUCGACAAAGGAGCUUGCAUAUAUGCUCGUCCAAUACGGGAAAAUCGAGAAGGCUUCAUUCCACUUCGUCAGCACAAUAUCCGUCGGCAACCUUCUCACGCUGGCGCAAAACGUUCCCAACGACGCAGGAACAGGUCAAGUUCAGUUUAACCCUACCUCUAUGGCCGGAUGCCUUCCUCCAAACACCAUGUCUUCCACACAUGUUUACAAGCAAGCCUAUGGGUACAUCUGUACGAAGUGGGCAAGUGAAGUAUUCUUGGAGAAGCUCAGUGAACAAGUGCCAGGGAUAGCGGUGGUGAUUCACCGACCCAGCUCAAUUGCGCAACUCGGCUCUGAGGCCACGGCAGUACAGGGUCUCGAGUUUGUGAAGAGUGUGAGCCGGUAUAGCUCUAUAAUUGGUGCCCUUCCCAAGGUUCCUGAAGGAUUGAAUCUGAGCGGCGGGUUUAAUAUUGCGCCCCUUGAGGUUGUCGCCAACGGGAUUAUGGAUGAGGUGGAACGAUUGGAUAGCAAGAGCGUGCAUCUACAAUUUCUGCACCAUCUUGGUGAGUUGGAGCUAUCUCUCACUGAUGUGCGCGGUUGGGCCGAAGAUGAGAAGGGCGAGGCGGUUGUGGAGGAGAUGGAGAUUAGUGAGUGGGUACAAAAGGCAAAGGAGGCAGGCAUGCAUAUCGCAAUG